AUGUCGAUCUGGAAGAAAGAUACAGUUGGUAAAUACCUUGGAAUUCAAGGGGAUGGCAACUGCCUCUUUAGGGCACUUUCUGUGGGAAUGGGGGGGAAUUUUUCACAUGAGAAGUUGCGUGAAAUUUUAGUUAACGAGGUGAGGGAUAAGUGGGAUGAAUAUGCUAAUAAUGUUUUUGAUUAUGAUAAUGUAGACCAUUAUUAUAGGGAAAUGAUGAAAGUCUCUGUAUGGGGUUCCUAUGCCGAAAUUUUUGCCUUUUCUAAUGUUUUACAAAGGAGAGUUGUCGUUAUAAGUGACGGUCGCGAAGCGGUUGAUGUGGGUCCCCAAGAUAACACUCCAAUUGUAUUACGUUUCGUCGGUAACAAUCACUACGAUUUAUACGAGGAUACUGUCAUUCCUCUACCCGUUACUGUUGUUGGUGCUGCUGCUGCACGAACUCCUGUGGUAGUAGCUCCUGCUGUAGCAGUUUCUACUGUAGCAACUCCUGCUAUAGUAGCUCCUGCUGUGGCAGUAGCUCCUGCUGCAGUAGCUCCUGUCGCUGUUCGAAAAAAUAAUCAAAAAGUGGAAGCCACUUCCUGCUACGGAUUCGGUAAAGCCAGAGUGGAAUAUGAGGAAUGA